AUGAAUGAUGAAAGUCAUUACGUGCUUUUUGGUAACACCGCAUGGCAAAUUCCAUCAUUACCAGACAUGACAGCAAGCCUGGGCUUGAUGGCUUCUCAAAUUUGUCUAGAACUUGAAGCCUCUUCCGCAAUCUCGGCUCCCAGUAUAGUACCUGGUUCACGGGUCCCAUCAAUGUCCCGUUCUGGUGGUUGGAAUGUGGCUGCGACUUUUGACUUUGAGAGGAGUGAAAAGCGGUGGUCUAGUGCGCAUCCACAGAACAGAAAGCAGAAUAGACUCUUGAUGCAAGAAAGUGUAUACGGGCUUCCAUCGGCAGAACUAAUUUCCUUCUGGACGUUCCACGGCGGAACCGCAAUUCAAGGUAAAAUCCGCCAGAGGCAGCAAGUCAACGUAGAAGCUUCCAUCGAAGAAAGACCAAUGGCAAAAAUGGAAGUGCGUUCGAGUUUCAUUCGCGGUCCGCGCGGUAAUAUAGGCUUUUACGAUUACGGUGAUAAAGAAAAUUCGCUAUUCGCUCUGCAUAUGGAUGGAUGCGAGUUGCGUGCGAAUAAGAAUGCCUAA